AUGCGUCAUGUGUCAAUGAUCUCGAUCGGUCGAUAUUCGGGAGAACUUGUGGUAGUUAGAACUGGUACAAAACGUAAAUGGACAGUUAUAGGAUUGGUUCUAGUUGAAGGUAAAACAAGUACAAGUUCGCAGGAAGAUUCAUUUCACUUUGAAUUAACUACACCAACUACAACUAAAUCGAAUGAUCUAGUUAUCUUUACACCGGCUCUUAUAUCUGAUUUUCAUGAAUACGACGAAUCUAUUGGUCUUUCGCUUAGUCAUUCUCUCUAUUAUAAUAUCCUACAUCUAACUUUGGUACAAGGAUUCGUAGUUAAUGUUAGUCUACGUCUUUUUACUAGUUGGGAAGGCGAUGAUCCACUUUAUCUUUUUUCUAUAUCAAAAUAUCAUAUUGAUCAUCGAAUAGCAUAUCGUUAUCCUGUUGUUCCAGAAAGAAAUAAUACAGAAUGGCAAAUAAUUGAAAUUCCGUUCGGAGUAUUUCCUCUAUUUGUUUACGAUCAUUUAGCUAUUGGUAUGCAAGAUACUAGUAAAACAAAUCAAAUUUAUUCUAUAAGAUCAACAAUAGCAAUACAUGGAAAAAAUAUUAUGAAUAAUACAAUGGAUGUUUAUUCACAAUCUAUGCCAGAUACCUACGGUGCUGCAUUCACUUAUACUCUUGUUGAAGACCGACAAUUUGAAUGA